UGGCGUUCGGUCGGAUGGUGGUUUAUCUGUGAACUGUGAGUUCAGGUUAACAACGACCUCAACCAGGAACCGUAUGACGUAUAACGUGUCCGUUAUUGUUAUUGUUGUAUGUGUUACGUCGAAAACUAGGACUGUGUAGUAUCUGAACUGUAGUACUGUAGUACUCGUCUCUCUGGAGGCAGGACUACAACAGAUUAAAACUCGCAGCUGUUUUGUUAAAAAAAAGAAAAGAAAAUCACAUGUCAGUGACGUCACCCUCUCUCUCUCUCCCCCUCCCUCUCUCUCUCUCUCUGUUGUUCCCCGUUUCCCCAGGCUAACGGCUAGCUCGGUCUGUCCUGUUGUUCUCUGUGGUCCAGGGUCGGGGUGGAUUGACUCGGUUCUGAGGGUCCACGGUGUCGGAGCAGUAACUCCAGGACGACACGAGCCUGCCGUUAGCACCGUUAGCUUCUUUCUGUUUAUUCCUUCGGUAGCGGCGGCUUAGCUUCAGCGCUAACUCCUCUGUAAUUACCGUUAGCGCUCGCUGCUCGUGUCGUUAGACCAAAGCGUCGCAGUUGCGGGAACAUGUAACGAUCCAGAACCAGGUUGUUCUCACGGCCGAAUGUCGUCCUCACUCUGCGGGACUCGUCCGUCUGUCGCAGCUAAUGUUAGCUGUUAGCAGCUCUUUGUUUCCGUUAACAACAGCUGAGGAGCUAAUGAUGCUCUGUUAGCAGACUGAACAUCAGCAGGAUUUAGACCGGAGCCUGGACCGGACCGGACCCGGACCCGGACCACUGUAGACCCGGACCAGAUGUUACAUUAACACCAGUCUGGUUUUUAGUUCGUUCUGGUCUCGGUUCAUUUUUGUACUAAUUAACUGCUGACAUGAUUCUGUGACAUCACUCGCCCUCACAAGGCACGAUGACGUCAGGCUACGUCACCUACCUGUUCCUACUCUCAGGAUGCAUUUCUGCUGCUCAGAAGAGUGACAAUGUCUACGUAUCAGGGAUCUCCAGUGCCUGCAGUGAUGGAGCCCAGCUCCUCCGCUCCUCCUCCGGGGUCAUCAGCACGCCGGGCUGGCCCUUCCAGUAUCCUGCCCGCCUCAACUGCAGCUGGAACAUCAGAGCUCAGCCUGGGGACACCAUCACCAUCAGUUUCCAGGACUUUGACCUGCAGGGCUCUCACCGCUGCUCCUCAGACUGGAUGUCCAUCAGCAGCUACAGGAGUCUGGACGGACUCAGGGUGUGUGGCUCCUCCCUGCCUCCACCCUACGUCUCCACCCAGGACCACGUCUGGAUCCACUUCCACUCCGACAGCACGCUGACGGGAAAAGCCUUCAGACUUUCCUACGUCUCAGGGAAACCUGAGGUGCCCAGCUGUGACGUGGACCAGUACCACUGCUCCAAUGGGAAGUGCAUCCCAGACUGGUGGCGCUGUAACUCCAUGGACGAGUGCGGGGACAACUCAGAUGAGGAGCUGUGCGUGGACUCGCCCUUCUCCUUUCAGCCUUGUGGACUCAACCAGUUCCCCUGCCUGUCCCGCUACACCCGCAUCUACACCUGCCUGCCCCACAGCCUGCGCUGCGACGGCAGCAUCGACUGUCAGGAUCUGGGAGACGAGAUCGACUGUGAGGUUCCCACCUGUGGAGAAUGGCUGAGGAACUUCUACGGUUCCUUCACUUCUCCAAACUACCCCGACUUCUACCCUCCAGGAAGUAACUGCACCUGGCUGAUUGACACCGGAGACCACCGGAAGGUCAUCCUAAGGUUCAUCGACUUCAAACUGGACGGCACCGGUUACGGCGACUACGUCAAAGUGUACGACGGACUGGAGGAGAACCCGCGCCGCCUCCUCAGGGUUCUAACUGCGUUCGACUCCAGAGCCCCGGUGGCCGUGGUGUCGUCAUCGGGUCAGCUGAGGGUUCACUUCUACGCCGACAAGAUCAACGCCGCCCGGGGCUUCAACGUGACCUACCAGGUGGACGGGUUCUGUCUUCCGUGGGAGGUUCCGUGUGGGGGGAACUGGGGCUGUUACACGGAGCAGCAGCGCUGCGACGGUUACUGGCACUGUCCCAAUGGUCGGGACGAGCUCAACUGUUCCUCCUGUCAGGUGGACGAGUUCCCCUGUUCAAGGAACGGAGCCUGUUACCCCCGCUCCGACCGCUGCAACUACCAGAACCGCUGCCCCAAUGGUUCCGACGAGAAGAACUGUUUCUUCUGUCAGCCCGGAAACUUCCACUGCAAGAACAACCGCUGCGUGUUCGAGUCCUGGGUCUGUGACGCUCAGGACGACUGUGGUGACGGCAGCGAUGAGGAGAGUUGUCCGGUCAUCGUCCCCACCCGGGUCAUCACCGCAGCCGUCAUCGGCAGCCUGAUCUGUGGCCUCCUGCUGGUGAUCGCGCUCGGUUGCACCUGCAAACUCUACUCUCUGAGGAUGUUUGAGAGACGGUCCUUCGAGACUCAACUGUCCAGAGUAGAGGCAGAACUUCUGAGGCGAGAGGCUCCGCCCUCUUAUGGUCAGUUGAUUGCCCAGGGUUUGAUCCCCCCGGUGGAGGAUUUCCCAGUGUGCUCUGGGAGUCAGGCCUCAGUCCUGGAGAACCUCCGUCUGGCCGUUCGCUCCCAGCUGGGUUUCACCUCCCUACGUCUUCCUGCCUCCAGUCGGAAUGCCACCCUGUGGCGCCGCCUCUUCACCUUUUCCCGCUCCCGGCGCUCUGGUUCCCUGGCGUUGGUGUCAGCUGACCUGGAGGACAGCGCAGGCUCCGGGAGCACCGGAAGUUCUGCCUCCGACCUGCUGUCCCCGGACUCAGAAACGGACACAGACACGGAGGGUGAGCGAGGGAGAGAGCGAGGAGUCGGUGCUGUGGGCGGAGCUGUGGCACCGUUGCCUCACAAAGCCCCGCCCCCCUCCUCUGCUGUGGAGGCCGCGCCCACGACUGCUACUCCGACAACACCGAUACCGAGCAGGAACCGGGGACCGGGAGAUGGAUCCAGAGAAACCCCGCCCCCCCCCAGCCCAGUGGCUCUGCCGUCGGCCAAUAGAGAUCCAGAAUGUCACAGUGACGCAGCUUCAGAGCUUCAAGCCCCUCCCUCCUCCGCCCUGCAACGCCUGGCCAGCGGCCUGCAACGCCUGGCCCGGAACUUGACAAGAACCAGUCAGAAUCAGCAGAACCGAGUGUGGACCAAUCACAGCCCGCUACGUCAGCUGGAGGCGGGGCGACAUGGAGCCGAUUCCCCGGAACGCAGAGGAAGUGGAGACGACGAGGAAGACGUGGAACUGCUGAUCCCGUCCUCGGACUCUGAUUCUGCCUCGUCCUCAUUGGUCGAUGACAUCCAGCAGCCGCUGCUGGAGCCCCACCCCUCGGCCCCCGUCGGCCGUUCUCACCACCAUCACAGUCGGAGAUCACGGAACGGUCCCUGCGAACACUGUGGGAUGGUUCACACGGCCCAGAUUCCUGACGCCUGUCUGUGGGCUACGACCAAAACAGAGAGCAGGGAACAGAGUGACGAUGAGCUGCUGCUGCUCUGCUAACAGGUUAGCAGGCUAAUGUUAGUGCUAACCAUGCUAACGCUUGGUACGACUAGGAGAAUCGUCCUAUGGUUAGCUGGCUUGCUAACUGAGGCUACUACUAUUACUGUAAAACCUACCUAAUGACUCAUUAGCUAAUAGGCUAAUGGACCAGCUAAUAGAGAAAAAACAUGACUGAUAUUAAAAAAAACCGGCCAACAGGCUAACAACGGGGCUGGAAUUACUAACGCGUACGGUACUACUUCAAAUACGAUCCAGAGUUAGCUCAGAUAUGGGCGCAACUACUGCUACUGAAGCUCUGUCCUUGUAACGACAGUUAGCUAACAUGCUGACAACUACGCUAACAGACACUAAUACCUAACCUUAACGACAGGCUAAUGUCGAUGGUACUUUGUCACAACUUUGAAAAUCAAUAUAAAAACAUUUCAUGGCAAGUCCGCCUGCUAACAUUUCUAGCGCGGCGGACUGCUGUUGAAGUUUUAACUCUAACCAUUUCAUUAAGUAUUAGCACAUUGGCUACUGCUAACAUAGAUGCUAGUUUUAAAACAAAUGUGAACAAUAACAAAAGCUAGCCAAUAUUUUGACAUUUCAAGCAACUGUGCUAGCAAAGAUACAAACAAAAAUGUCAAAAAACAUACUCCAGUCAGCUAGCAUUUCAAACUUGGCAGCACCGAACAGCAGCAAUCGUAGCAUGUUACUCAGUACGCUAACAUUACAAACUGGGUAGCAGUCGGCUAUGACCUGUUUACUUGAUUUGAGUUAGCAAAAAUGCUAACAAUACAAUCCUUGUCAAGGCUAACUUUUGAUGCGACUGAAGAAAUGUUGUCAAGUAUGUUUACAUUUCAACAUGUUCAAAAGUUUAGUUUUGCUUAAAUGACUGUAAAGACUGCUAGCCAACCUGCUAACAUUUCACACGUCGCAGCAACCUGACCUUAGUUAGCUGCUCUAGAGAAAACAGUAAGCCAUACAAACACUGUUAGUACGUGUUAGCAUGUUAGCUGGACUACAACUUGUUGAUCAGGUUUGUGACAUGAAAAAACAGCUGAACCAAUCAAGGACUGAGGGAAUAUGAUGUCACUGAUUGGUCAGUCCAACUGACGUUCCCGUAGUCUGUCCUUGAAGACAUUCCCCACUUCCUGUUUGGUACGAUGUUUGGAAAGGCUAACUUCUUGGUUUGAGAGUCGGCGGUUGAUGAUGUCAUCGUAUUCCGUUUUCAUUAAUGGAACCGUGAGGUAAUGAUGUCCGUCACCCACGUCCAAUGUCCACUAGGUGGUGAUGUAGGUAGCUAACCACAACACCUACUAGCAGACUGACCUUGUACAGCCUGAUUCUCACGGUACGAUAAUUAUUUUACACUAAUAUUUAUUGACCUUCGAGGGUUAAAACACCAUCACAUUACGUUUGUUUUUUGGCUAAUCCGAUCUGGUUCCUAGCCACAAGAUGACCGCCGAUGCUCAUGUCCCAGUUCCGCUAGUGAUUCGUUAGCUCACGUUAGUGUUUAUAAUAACGGUACAGUUACUAACGUAAUCAAACAUAAUUCACGAUAAAAAAAACCCUUAUCACAUGGUCACGCCUCCUCAGACUCCGCCUCCUCAGACUCCGCCUCCUCAGACUCCGCCUCCUCAUUCGCGAACGCUGUUGUCAACCAGCAGUUUCUCACCACUGGUAUUAAAAAAAGGACGAGGCUACAGUUUACGCGCAGGUGUCGGGAACCACAGACAGCCAAUCCGAUGUGAGGCUUUUCAAGCCCUGCCCCCUGGACUGGAGCCAAUCAGACGGUCCGAUGUGUUUUUCUUUGUUCUUGUUUUGGUACAGUCUGCUGUGUGAGUGUGACUCUGUAUUUAUUAUUAUUGUUAUUGUAAUUAUAAUAAUUAUGGUACGACGUUCCUUUGUUCUGUCGAUGUUGUGUAUUUUUUCCGAGCUGCAUGACUCCGUGGUUUGGUGUUAGCGUGGUUAUUUUUUCUAAAGAUUAAAAUGGUUAAACUGC